AUGAUAAUACUGAUGAUCCUUCAAUUCAUCACCCUUCCAGUACUGACGUCCAGGCUUGUCAGGGGCGAAACAACUAUGGACGAGAAACAACCACAACCACUUAUCAGUUCAAGAGUAGUCAGAACAAAAAAUGGAGAUCUCAGAGGUUUCAUAGUAACACCAGAAUCAAGGUUCUUGGAACCUGUUGAGGUAUUUAGAGGAGUUCCGUAUGCUUCUCCACCAGUCGGGUCUUUGAGAUUUAUGCCUCCAGUUUCUGGAGCACAAUGGUCAGGUGUGAAGAUCACAGAAGAGUUCAGUCCGGUAUGUCCUCAAGUAUUGCCAGACAUAAGGAACGAGACAGCUGUAUUGAAGCGAAUAUCAAAAGGACGGUUGGACUACUUGAAAAGGAUUCUGCCAUUUCUAACAAACCAGUCUGAAGAUUGUCUGUACUUGAAUAUUUAUGCUCCAGCUCAAGAUCUAAUAUUCACCAUUCCUCCAGCAGGUGUAAGAGACGCAGUUGCGCGGUAUCCAGUUCUGGUUUUCGUCCAUGGAGAAAGUUAUGAGUGGAGUUCCGGAAAUCCUUAUGAUGGUACCGUCCUUGCGUCACAUGCGGGCCUGGUAGUGGUGACCAUCAACUACAGGCUAGGAAUUCUAGGUUUCUUAAACCCGCGCUCGGAUGACUUCCCUCGGUCCCCAGCGAACUACGGCCUCAUGGACCAGAUCGCAGCUCUGCACUGGAUCAAAGAAAAUGUGGCAGCCUUCGGCGGGGACCCUACCAACGUGACUUUGAUGGGUCAUGGGACUGGAGCUGCUUGUGUACACUUCUUGCUGACUUCCUUGGCUGUGCCGGAAGAAGCCGACCAUUUAGAAAAAGUGGUAGUGAUGGGCAAGAAAGCAAAAGACCUAGAGGUUGAACCCGAAAAGGUGGUAGGACUAGAUCUUCGAGCAGCUGGAAUUUUCUCUGGAUAA